AUGUGGUGGUGGUGGAUGGAACAGGAAGAGGAAGAAUUAAUGGUGGUUGCAGCAAGACCAAGUGACUUUGGAGUUGGUCGUCACGGGCGCAACCGAAAGGGGUUUAGCGCGGCCACGGGAAUCCGACCUCCCGCUGGCUUUGCGUCCCAUCCUCAACUUCCCAUCAUCUCCCCAGUCAAGUGCUUUUCCAGCGCGAAUUACUACAAGAUGAGCUACGUCGUUCGCCGAGGUCUCUCGACCUUGAUCCCCCCCAAGAUCGCUUCCCCCAAUGCCAUCGGCGCCGCUCAGGAUGCCGCUCGCAUGCAGCGUGUUGUGAACUUCUACGCCGGCCUGCCCCGGGGCCCUGCUCCUGAGGUCAAGGCUACCGGUCUGAUCGGCCGCUACCAGGCUCGCUACUUUGGCAAGAACCCGUCUGGCGUUCCCAUCGUGCACGCCAUCGGUGCCAUCUUGAUCCUGGGCUACAGCAUGGAGUACUACUUCCACCUGCGCCACCACAAGAACCACCCUCACUAA